GCGGGACGGUUCUGCGGGUCCACGCAAACAAAAAGGGAGAGAGAGAGAAGCAGGCUUAUCACGUACCGCGAACAAUGUCGACGACGGAGGUCGGCUCCUCUGGGGGCGGUACAGGCUCGAGUCUUGCUCGGGUAGUGGUUAUUGUGACUGGUGUUUCCUCUCUGGUGGCCUCUUUGUUAUCUUUUGUGUCGAUAUGGCUUCAAACGAAAAACUAUCGCAAACCGCUUCUUCAGCGAUACGUGGUCCGGAUAUUGUUGAUGGUGCCUAUAUAUGCGGCCUCGUCUUGGGCUAGUAUCAUAUCGCUGAGGGCUUCUUAUUUCCUGGACCCGGUCCGUGAUAUAUAUGAGGCAUUUACGAUCUACACGUUCUUCCAACUGCUCAUCAAUUUUCUCGGCGGAGAACGAGCGUUGAUUAUUAUGACCCAUGGCCGCCCCCCGGUCUCGCACGCCUGGCCUCUCAACCACAUCCUCCCGAAACUCGACAUCUCCGAUCCUCAUACCUUCCUUGCCGUCAAGCGAGGCAUCCUCCAAUACGCAUGGCUCAAGCCGAUCCUUGCCCUGGUUUCCAUUGUCAUGAAAGCAACCGACACAUACAAGGAAGGGUACCUUGGUGUGGAUUCCGGAUACCUCUGGACCGGAAUUGUGUACAAUAUUAGUGUUACCGUCAGCCUUUAUUCUCUCGCGAUUUUCUGGGUCUGCCUGCAUGACGACUUGACACCGUUCCGUCCGGUUCCCAAGUUUCUGUGUAUAAAGCUCAUCAUCUUCGCUUCCUACUGGCAAGGGUUCUUUCUGUCGAUCUUGCAGUGGUUGGGCGCGCUGUCGAACGGUGUCGCCGGGUAUACGCCGGACAACCUCGCAGCGGCGAUCCAGGACAGCCUCAUCUGUUUUGAGAUGCCGGUUUUUGCCAUCUCGCACUGGUAUGGCUUCUCGUGGCACGACUAUGCCGAUGCGACCAUCUCCUCGGCUCGCUUGCCCGUGAAAUAUGCGCUCCGAGAUGCCUUUGGCAUCAGAGAUCUCAUUGAAGAUUCGAAGAUGACCUUCAAAGGCGAAACAUACGAAUACCGGUUCUUUGAUUCCGGUGACAACAUCAUCCCGCACGCCGAGUCGGGCUCGCGAGUGAAACGGGUGAUGGACGGGAUGCGAUAUGAGCGUGGAGGGAAAGCCAAGUACUGGAUCCCGAAACCAGGGGAGGCUAAUAGUCGAACCCCGUUGCUGUACGGCGCAGAAUCCAGCCGGUAUGCCCGUGGCGACCGCAGCCGCCAAAGUACUCUAGAACGAUACCGUUCCAACAGUGAGAUCGACGAGACCACGCUCGACGAAGACGAUGAGCGCCUGUUUGCCAAUGCACGAGCGCUCGAAUUCGGCGACUGGAACUAUCCUGUCAUUACAGCGAAUGAAGUGCCCAGAGACCAGCACUUGGGCCCCUCGUCGCGGUCCUACCAAGGGACUCCACGGACAGAUACGGCUCACAAAGCCCGCAGGCAUCGCAAGAGUCGCUCGAGCCGCAGUGGACCCGGGAAUCUGAGUCGCGAAUCGGUUUCCAAUCCAACCAGCAGCAGCAACGCGUCCCGGAAAGAGAGUCCUCAGGCACCAGGGCCCUUGCAGCGUAACCCAAGCUCGUCUCAGUCGAGCAAAUCCCGUCGCAGCCAACGAGUCGACCUUGUAGUCGAGAACCGCGAGGCCGAAGAGGCGGAGCGAGUCCAGACGCAGAAGGAGCUCGGCUCUGCCUGGGCUGAACCUGAGCAUCGGCAUUUCGAGAGACCGUCUGGCGAGCCAGUCGAAGAAGCAUCUCAACCCGACGACACACCCCAAUCUCCUCGCGAUUCAGAUGACGGACAAGCGACCGCGACACCGAGCUCCUGGGCAUAUGGGCCCAUGAACGACGACAACGUGUGGGACAGAUAAAA